AUGGCGUUUAGCCGUUUAGUGUUAUCGUUUGCAUUAUUAUGUAUUGCGUCUAGCUUGGCCUCGGUGAGUGUACCUGUUUUGCUAUGGGGUGAUUUAGCUGGCCCUUCAAUGAAAUCUAACCCUCUUGGAGAGGUAUCUCAAUCAGAAUUCGAGGACAUACUGAAUAAUGAGCUUAAGGAUGACCAAUUCACCGUUGUGUUCAUCGAUGAAUCGCUAUCCGUCGAGGACUUUUCACGUAAGAACUCCGAAGGAAAAACCUCAUUCCCAUAUUUGAAAUCAAAUAUUGCUGAGGCCUUAUACUUACCAGCUGUAGAUAAUGUAUUGGAAGUGUUCCACAAAUACUCUGAUUCAAACGCUGACCAUGUGACCUUGACAGAAAAUGGGCUAUCUGCCGAGAUUGAGAAGGAAAACGUGAAAUAUCUAUUUAUCAACUUAAGGGAUGCUCGAGAGGGUGAGUCUAGAGCUGAUAUGCUUCUGCGCCACAACGAUUUUAUAGAGGCCAUGGUUAGUAAGCUGCAAGAGCAAUAUGACAAAGUAGCUGCUAUUUACACUGGAGAGUUCCCCUCAUGGACCAUUCCAGAAAGCCAUUUACGUACUCGCCGUGCAACACCGGGUGUAUUCUACAGCACAGCUUUGAACGGCCUUAGAUUCUAUGCUAAGGAUAUUAUCAUCACUAGCAAGGCAGGAGAAUUCAAUCUCACUGGGCUUUCUGGAGGUACUACAAACUUUAAUGAAACUGUCAUGCAGGCUACUUUGAACUUUAGCAACGGAUCCCUUAUUUUAAACUUUGAGUCAAAAUUAGGAUACUGGUUCUUGGAUUCCAUUACAUACAAUGGUGAGGAAUUGACAACCAAUUCUGAUGUGUAUGCCAUCCUUGGGUUCUCAUACCGUUGUGGCCAGACUGCCAUCUUCUCAAAACUUAACGACACUGAACAGACUACCGUUAUCUUCAGAGAUUUGAAGGUUCAACCAUUCUUCAAGGAGACCAACUCCAGUGACACACCCCAAUUCGGUGACUCCUUCAACUGUGUAGGAUUCUUCUCAGUACCGAUCUGGUCUGGUCUCUUCGUCACCUUUGUGAUGCUGGCUAUUACCUUUUACGGUAUCAUGAUGAUGCUGGACAUCAGAACGAUGGACCGUUUUGAUGAUCCCAAAGGUAAAACCAUCACCAUCAACACAGUUGAGUAA